AUGUCUUCUACUUCCUUGCCAUUGCCUUAUUACAACGACGACAAGAAAUCGUUUGCUUACCCAACAAUUCACAAACGGUGGCCAACAAUUAUCGAACAAGGAAUUGACGAUGUGCAACAAACCAUUAAAGACAACAAAACAGAGCAAUUAUCGACAUCUGGAGAAACAAUUGUUGAUAAAUUAAAACAAUUGUUACAUGACUUCAAGAAUGAUACUACUGUACGUCAUUUCAAUGAACAAGAGAUUCACCAUAACAAGUGGUUACACCAUUAUAAUACCACUCUUGAUUCGUUAAACCAAGUGAAGAAAGUCACUUGGCAGACUGGUCCAUGGUUAUACUUGGAAUGUUACUUGUACCAAUACAUUAACAAUUUCUUCAUCCUGAACCAAGAUUCAUUUUGGCAUUCGUAUGAUAUUUUUGCUAGAUUGAAGACGAAAACCUUCCAUCAAUCAGAAUUGGGAGUUUUGGAAUUAUGUAAACGAUACCAAUUCUUAAAUCAAGAAUUGGAACAAGGCAAAGCUGAAAAAGAGACUUUGCGUUUACUUUUUGUUGAAUUUAUUGAUAUUUCACUUUGGGGAAAUGCCACUGAUUUAUCAUUAUUGGCGGGUAAUGUUACUCUAGAAGAUAUAAAAUCAGUUCAAGGUGCUGAAGUUCGGAAAAAAAAUGAAGAAAAGAUUAUUGUCAAUGAUUUGCCUACUGCUUGGAGUGAAACUGGUUUGGAUAAAGAAGAAGGAGUGUCUCGAAUCGAUAUUGUUUUGGAUAAUUCAGGGUUUGAAUUGUUUGCUGAUUUGAUCCUUAGUUUGUUUCUUUUGGACCUGGGUUUGGCACAGCAAGUUCAUUUGCAUUGUAAAGAAAUCCCAUGGUUUGUUUCUGAUACCAUGGCUAAAGAUUUCACUGAUUUGGUGGGGCAAUUGAAGGAUGAGCACUUUUUCCCCAAUAUUCAUAAACAAGAUGCUGACGCCAUUGACCUAGUAUCAUCCAAGAUUGAAUCAUACCAUAAAUCAAACAAAAUCAUCAUCAACCAUCAUCCAUUCUGGACGUUGGAUUACAAUUUCUGGUCAAUUCCGCAGUUUACCGAUUUGUAUCACGAUUUAUCACAAUCACAAUUGAUUAUUUUCAAGGGCGAUUUGAAUUAUCGUAAAUUGACGGGCGAUCUACAAUGGCCCAAGACUACUCCAUUCAAGACGGCAAUCCAACAAUUGGCCACUAGUGGAUUGCCCAUUUUGUCGUUGCGUACUUGUAAAGCUGAUGUUGUUGUUGGAUUGCCAGAGGGUGUCAAUGAAAAGUUGAUCAGGGAGUAUGAAGAAGCUGGUAAUGAUGUGGGCGAGUUUUGGUCGAGUUCUGGCAAAUGGGCAGUUAUCUCAUUCAAUAAGUAG